UGGUUCUAUUCUUCCUUAAUUAACUACCAUCAAUGGAAAUCUACCGGCCUGAUAGUAAAGGCCAACAAUAAUGUCAUAUGUAAAUCACGGGCUGAGUAUUGUCCGACUCCUCGGGACCGACAUAUUCUGUGAGAAGCUGUGUGUGUUGUGACCAAUAGAUAACGGAUCAGUAACUCGGUAGGUCUGGUACAAUACACCCGGCACUACAUUCAGACACUCACCACCGCGGCUCCUAUACGAGUCCUUAUACCCUCUACGAUGUGUCUUAUUAGCAGGACAUUUUAUAUCUUAACUUUACCGUGUUCAACGUGACAUCAUUUGGAAAUUCGUUGAAUUUGUUACAUGCCAACAACUGAUUUCAGUCAUUCGUGGGGAGGAUUAUGAAAAAUAUGUGUCAGUACUAAAGAAACUAUCAACACAACAAGUUGACAAGAAGCGCUGUGACUCUUUGAUCUUCAUUCGCCAUUCAACUGUAUCGAUUUAUAAUUCGUGUAUGAAGAAGGACAUUUCGAUAUAUCAAGUGUAUACUGUUUGUUUGGCAUGGUGUGGAUUAUAAAGUUAUAAGUGUAAGCACGCCAAGUUGACAAGAAGCUCUGUGGCUGAUCUUCGUUUUCAAUGCAACUGUAUCGAUUUAUAAUUCAUUUAUAAAUAAGUUCGUUUCGAUAUAUCAUGUUUAUUUGACUUAAUAUGAGUUAACUAUUACUAAGUGUAAACAUUAUUGUUUCGGUAACAAUGCAAGCACCACAGAGGACAAGCAGUCUAUAAUAAUAAGAUACUGUAUACGUAAAUUAAGUCUUGCUUUCGAUCUGAAUUGGCUAUUCACACAGACCAGUGCGCGUGGAAAACGAACCGUAUGGUGAGGAAACAUGUGUUUCAUGUCUCAAACUCGUUCUUAAUUUAUAAACAAAUUCAUUUCAAUCUAAUCAACCAAACAUUGAAGAAAUCACAACGGAAUUACGUCAAAACGACAACUGUUUAUAGCGGCGUAUUUACACAGGAAACCGUUAACGUGUGGUAAGGCGUGGUAAUUAUCAAUUGGAGUAUUGAAGUGAAGCUGGUGUGUUUAUAAUAAUACUAAAAUAGACUUUCCGUGCGACAGAAAAUAAAUUCCAAGGCUAUACGUAUCCCAUAUAUUUCGGUAUGUAUGAGGUAUAGCAGGGAUAUGUGACGAUAAACUGUGGUUGGAGAAACUACAUCAUCAUCUGACACUGAGGCUGACCAUGACGUAGGAAGCCGUAGUGGAGCAUGACAUCUCUUAAUGGAUAUGUGAUCCUGUGGGUUUUAAUACUGACAAUAGUAAGGGUACAUAGCCUGGAGUGCUGGAAGUGCAUCUCUGACGACUGUGAGGGAAACCCCGAAAUCAACUAUAGAGCCAGGAAAACCACGUGUGGGGAGGAUGCAUCUUGUAUGAAAGUCCGGUACAAGAUGUACUACAACUUAACAAAAACAGUCUUCGACUCGAUAAUUCGUACGUGUUCUUCCGGCGAAUGUAAACCUGUGACGGAGAAAGACUUCGCGAAGUGCACGAAGGAUGAUCGCCUGUACAUGGUCAACGGAUGUUCGCUUCGGACGUGUUGUAACGACCAAAACUAUUGCAAUUCCGGAAACCUUCACCAGCUUCAAGUCCGGGUGUUAGUUGGCACUUUGUCGAUUGUUAGUUUAAUCUUGUACGUAUUAGACCUAUCAUCAUAGUCACUUAUAUGUUUAUUUUUCAUACACACUAGUAAAUGGAACCGUCAGAUAUAAUUUAUGAUUUAUUUGUCUUUAUAGACAUUUUUGGGAAAAAAAGACGUAAAACACACUUCAAAUGAAACCGUCUGAUAUUCGUAUAAUACCACUACCCUUAAAACAGUCGUAUGAUUUGUAUGAUAUAAUGUUUAUUUGUUAAUAGAAUGUAUCUCACUUGUUAAUAUCGUUUGCACUGUUCAAUAUCAUUAUCCAACAUCCAUAAAUACAUAUAUAUAUAUAUUCAUUUCGAACUUAUGUGUAAAUAUUU